UAGCUUUUCAUUACCACCACCAUCCUCAUCAUGUCUCUCUCAUUAUACCCCCGAAGUUAAAAAAAAAAGUAAUUAUCUUUAAAACACACAAAUAAAAAACAAAUUCACUGUGUAAACUAAAGAAGACGAAAGAGAAGAGAUCCAAAUCUCUCAUCUCAUCUUGUUAUCUAAAAAAAAUUCAGUUCACACCAAAAUAAAAUAAAAGAUAAAAAAACCCAAAAACAUCCAAAAAAAAAAAAAAACAAUGCUCUGCUAUGUCGGUAAAGCCACCAAGAUUUUCAUUUUCAUCGUUACCGUCGCCGUCGUCAUUGGCCUCGUCGUAGUCUUCGGUGUUCUCCGACGUCACUCUCACCAUUGCUCCGGUGACUAUUGCUCAUCCGAUCCUCCUCCUUCUUCUUCUUCCUCUUCACCUUCCUCCCCUUUUAUAACUCCAUUCCCAAACCCAAACCCGAACCCGACCACGCCUGUUCUCGGAUCUUCACCUCCCACUCCACCAGAUUCAUCAUCAACACCAAACCCAUCUACUCCAAUCUCCCCAAAUCCGCCUGCACCGAUCGUAACAAACCCGAAUCCACCUCCUCCGCCUGAUUCUGAUACAACCACCACCGCUCCUCCUCCACCAACAACGGAAACAGCAAUCCCACCACCGCCUCCAGCACCAGUAUCGGCAUCUCCGCCUUUAACUCCGCCGAGCGCCGUCGUCAACACUCCUGCUCCCGUGCAUGCUAAACUGGUCAACGACUAAAAAGACCAAACCUUUGUACAUUCCGACCAUUUUUUCCAGUUUCUUCAACUUUGAUUCGUUUGUUUCUUUUUUGAUUCUAAUUAGAUAUUUUUUUUAAAAUUUUUAUUCGCAUUUUCAUUAAUAUUUAUGUUAUACACUUCACUAUAUAGCAAGAGAUCUCGAUCGAAUGUUAUAAACAGAUUUUUUUUUUUGUGUUCUUGUUAAUUGCAAUGAUCUUAUAAGGGUGAGUGAGUUGUCUAUAUCUAUC